AAAAUGUGGCUGGCAAUCACCAAAGCUCGGCUCUCAGAUGCCUCACUUUUCCUCCUCUUCCGCCUUCCUUCUUUUCAACUUCUUCUCUUUCGCAUAUAUUCAGCAGAAUCUCCAUAGCCCUUCACCAUAACUUGCUUCAAGAAAUACAAGCACUGCUCUCUCUGUCUCUCGCUACAACUUACUGCGAUUUCUCUCUGCUUGGAUCUUCGUCUCUGGAUCUGGUGAUCUGGUGGUCGACUGUUGCUCUAAUGGUGGAUUUGUUUGCCGAUUUCGAAAUCUCUGCUUCUGUCUCUUCGGAAACUGAAAGAGCUGGAAAUUCUUGAUGAACCUCUGAAGGGAAGUUGUUGAUAACAAACGUGGUUUAUAUACUCUAACUUGUCAUGUCUGAUCGUGUUGUACAAACAUAUAAUGAUACUGAUGGACCAACUGGCCAAUCUAUUCGAUCUUACCAAUCCGUUUGGAUGGCUCAUUGGACAAGAACAAGCUGUAAGGCGGCUCCUAAGGUUCAUAAUAGUUUGUUUGAUCACUGUGAGAAUAGGGAAGAUGAUCGUGAUGCCAUGCAACAUCCUUUACCAAGCACAUUAGAGAUUGCGUCUGAUGUUUCUAAAUGUGCUGAAGGAUUUAGAGAGGUUGCUGAAGCCAGAACAGUUAAUACCAUGAAGGAGGGUCUGCCAAUGAGUAUGAAGGCGUCAAGAAAUGAAAGAUUAGAUCACCAGACCUUUCCGAUGUUCAAUCCUCGCCAAAACAGAGAAAGCAUUUUGGCUCGAAAGAAUGAUCCAACUACUACUCACAAACAAGUAUUAAGGUCUCAAGUAGAUUACAAAUCUGGAUAUGAUGCUACUAAUUUAGCUGCAAAAAAUAGCCAUUUUCCCUUGGUACUUGCAUGGGCUCCUCCUGAAGAGGGAACAUCAUCGAGAGAAUGUCAUUUUCAGCCUGAAGGUAUGGCACAGAAUCCUGAGCAUCAGCCACAGGUUCAUAACUUUAUCGAAAAGAAUAGCUUAGCUGUGUCAAAGUCUUUGCACGAUGAAUUUAUUGGGUCAAGUUCUAACAUUGUGCCAAAUCGAUUUAACAACAGAAGAACAUCAGUGCUGCCUUUCAUGAGUAACCAAGAAAGAGUCAAUCCGUCAAACUUCAUUUCGGCAUCAAAAGAACGCUUCAAGGAUGUUAACCUUACACAAGUGGAACGUGAGCAUUAUAAUUAUGAGAGCUAUUCUGCAUUUUUUGUUUGUGAGAAGAAAAUGCAAGACCACCUAAAACCGGGAAAUUCUAAGUUUUCACUAUUUAGGCAAAAUGACAAGGAUCUGUUGUUGCAUGAUGCUUCUACUAGCAAUAAUGAAUUAGCACUAUUUCUUGAAGAACGGUGGCAGAAGAUGCAAAACCCAGAUGGUAUUGAAUUUUUCCCUAGCAGGAGUAGUCCUCUUAUUGUAGGAGAAUUGGAAAAGUUAAAUCAUAGAAGUUAUUCACAACAAAAAAUGCCAUGCUCUGCCUCUGCUCAUGAUGUGGAGACUACAAGGAUAUGCACUGCUGUGGAUUCUCUGGAUGGAUUAGGUGGAUGCCCUCCCAAAUUUUGUCAGGCAACUCAUCAUGUGGUGAUCACGAAAAAAAAUGAUGAUAACUUGCCUAAAGGAGGUCCAAUUUUUAGGGACUCAAAAGUAUCCCCUGAAUUUACAGGAAAUACGUUGAAGGAUUUUCUCAAUUUAUCUCCAGGUUUUGGUUCCCAUGGUCGGCAUGGAGUGAAGCUUCAACCCAUAGAAGGCUCCAUUGACAGUCAAGGAAAAGAAGAUGUUGGAGAAGUCAGAAUUUCUGCAAUUAAUUCAAAGAAUGAGUCAUCUGCUGAAACUGAUACCAUGAAUAUGGAUGCUUUCCAGGAGGAGAACCAUCUUUCUGGUGCCACUUCAUCUCCAUUAAACAAGGACGUUCUGAGAUCUCAGAAUCAACAAACAUCUGUGGCUACAGUUGCUCCAGCUAGAGAAUUUAGAGGUAGACUGCCAAAUUCUGACCUGCCUGAUAUGAACCAAGAGCUUCCUGCCCUUCCGGCUCCUGCAAGCUCAAUGGAUGAUAAGGAAGCAAGCACAUCAAGAACUCAGAGUUUUGAUGUGGACCACAUCCUUGCCCAUGCUGAGGAACCUGUACAUUCAAAAUCUAGUCCUUACCGAGAUGUCUCUUUCGAAGUUGACCCAAGCACCAGAUGGGUUAAGCGUCUCAGGGUGAGUGCUUCAGAUUCUUUUGCACAUGGUACUAAGACCUCAAAAAUGGGAGAAACCUCAUCUAAUGAAAAGGUAAAUAAGUUCUUCAGCAAAAUUAUGAAACACAAAAUGCCUAGCUCAGAAUUCACUUGGGGUAGGCGUCGUGGUAAAGAACCAAUGGAACUAGACCAGACUGCAGUGUUGCUAAGAAAUGGUGAUUCCUCUUCCAUUGACUCAUUGAAAAAAAGUCAGGAUAUAACACUCUCUCAUUCUUGGAUUCGGAGGUGGUGUCGUAAUCGUUCUGCGGCUCCAAAGAAGAAGCCUGACGCUGUGGUAGUUUGUGAACCACAAAGUUCAAAGGCAGCUUUGGACGAGCUUCAAAACAAGCAGUUUCCAAGCAUUGCUGCAAUGGCAUUGAUGGGGAAGGCCAUGACCAGUUUUCAUCCAUGUGAAUUCAGGAAAAGGGGAUCUCUUGUAGUUUGGGAUGCCAAAGGGUUUCUGAGAUAAUUCUGGUGAACAAUUCGUGCUGCAAAUGAAGGAAAAGGAAUCUGUGGGAUCAUGCUGAUUCUCUUGGUGGUUUGACAUUUGUUUAACAAAGAGAAGAGUUGCCAUGUGCAUGUCAUAAUCAAUUAGUAGGCAGGUUGUGGAGUUUGAAAGCUCAAAUGCUGCAUCGGUAUGUAUAUAUUUUCUAUUUCCUGUAUCUUUUUAAACAUAAAAGUUUAUUAUGGAUAGGCCUCUAGGAGGAACAUUUCUACACAAGCCUUUUUUUCUGAAAUGAUCAACCAUAGUGGCAAGUUUGAAGGCAA